AUGGUAGCUAACACCUGUGAUCCCAGCUCUGGGAAAGUAGAAACAGGAGAAUCCGGGAUCCAGUGUCAUUCUCAGCCGGAUGGCUAUUUCAAGACCUUGCCAGGGAGGCGCCAUCCCACCACAGCCAUGGUGCCCAGGACAGGAGGCUGGGAGCGGCUGCUGCUGAUAGCAGCGGCUGCCCUGAUGCAGCUCACAAGGAGGCCUGCCACACUUGCCACAGGGUGCUGCAGAUCCCACAUAAUUGGAGGCCACGAGGUGAUGCCGCAUUCCCGACCCUACAUGGCCUCUGUGAGCUUCAAGGGCCGUCACCACUGCGGAGGCUUCCUCUUCCAUGCCCACUGGGUGCUGUCAGCUGCCCACUGCUUCAGUGACAGGGACCCCUCCACUGGCCUGGUGGUGCUUGGGGCCCAUGCGCUGCUCGCCCCGGAGCCCACACAACAGGUGUUUAGCAUUGCAGCUGCUGUCAGGCACCCCAAUUUCCAGCCUGCCACACACGCCAACGAUAUCUGCCUACUAAGGCUGAAUGGUUCUGCUGCCCUGGGCCCUGCUGUGAGGCUAUUACGACUGCCACGGAGAGGUGUCGGGCCCCCCUCGGCCGGCACACGUUGCCACGUGUCGGGCUGGGGCUCCGUGUCUGACUUUGAGGAGCUUCCGCCCGGCCUGAUGGAAGCAGAGGUGCGCGUACUGGACCUGAGUGUCUGCAACGGCUCCUGGCAAGGCCGGCUGAGUCCUGCGAUGCUCUGCACCCACAGCGGGGACCGCAGGUGGCGUGGCUUCUGCUCGGCAGACUCUGGGGGGCCCUUGGUCUGUGGGAGCCGGGCCCAUGGCCUUGUCUCUUUCUCGGGCCUCUGGUGUGGUGACCCCAAAACCCCGGAUGUCUACACUCAAGUGUCAGCGUUUGUGCCCUGGAUCUGGGAUGUGGUGCGGCGAAGUCCCUGCUCCGGUUCUGUGGGGUGCUCUGCCGGUGCGGUUUGAACCUUGGCCCCCUACUGGGACGGAGAAGAGUGGCAACCUGCGCCCCUUGCUCACUGCAGGCAGAGUCCAUGGCUUGGCCCGGAAGCCAGAGAACUUGGCGCCUGGGCUGUAGUCGUCCAUCGUAGCUGAAGAGCUGUACUGAAGGCUGACACAUGGCUUGUUAUGUGUUCAACUCCAGGAGCCCCCUUAACCCACAUAGGCAUCCUCUCAGCCAAGACCCACGGCGAUGCCCCCACCUGACGUCAUC